AUGGUUGAGAUUAGAGAAUUGAUGUCAACGGGACCUCCUAUUCCCUCUCAAGAUUCAUAUCAAUCUGUGCAACAAAGGGUCAGUGUUGUUAUAUCACCGCCACCUCCACCUCCACCUCCACCAUCUUCUCAACCUGAGGUCAGGGAAAGUAUAAAGCGGAACAGAACAUCUUUGGUGUGGGAGCAUUUCCAAAAGAGUGUUGAUGAAGCUGGUAUUAAAUGGGGGAAAUGUAACUACUGUGAAGGUGGUAAAUAUAGGGCUGGUGGUAAGAAGUAUGGCACAUCAAAUUUGAACUGGCAUUUGACCAAGUGUCGGAAGUAUAUGGAUUCACUAGAAGCUGCGCAGUUGGACUCUCUCGGUCAGCCUAGCAAUCUGGGAGAUCAGCAACAAACAGUUGGGGUUACGUUCUGUCAAGAUGGAUGUAGGAGAGCCUUGAUAAAGUUCAUUAUCACAGAUGAACAGUCUUUCCGAAUGGUUGAAGGAGAAGGAUUUACAGCAUUUUGUAGAUAUCUUGAGUCGAGGUUCAAACUUCCAUCGCGGAUGACCGUCUAUCGUGAUAUCCGUGGACAGUUUUUGAGUGAAAAAGCCAAUUUGGUGAACUAUUUCAAGUCGAACAAGAGCAUUGGAGAAAUGUUUGAUAGAGUGGGUCUUGAGAGAGUGUUCACCAUCACGCUCGAUAAUGCAUCUGCAAAUAAAAAAGCAAUUGAAUAUAUCCAAGAGAAAGUUGUAAGUUGGGGAUCGUCAAUUGUAGGAGGUAAACAUUUACAUGUAAGGUGUGCUGCCCACGUAUUAGCUUUAGUUGUUAAGGAUGGGUUGAAGAAAUAUCAUACUUCAGUGAGCAGAAUCAGGUCGGUGGUUAAAUACGUCACGGCCUCUCCUGCUAGAAUGAAGAAAUUCUUAGAUGCCUUAUUUCUUGAAAGAAUGGAAUACAAAAAGGGAUUAGUGUUAGACGUGAAAACAAGAUGGAACUCCAUUUACUUGAUGUUGGAUGCAGCAGAAAAAUACGAAAAAGUCUUUAUAAGGCUAGGACAAUCUGAUAAAUCAUUUUGUGAGAGGUUUAUCUUCGAUAGUCCCGAUGAAUCAGUAAUGGGUGUUAAUGUUGAUGAUAUUGACAGUACUGAUUUUCUUGAUGAAAUGGAAUCCAGUUCUUCUGAUUCUGAUGAAGUUCCCUUAUCUGGUCGAAGAAAAUCCAAGAAGAAAAAGCCUCGCGUGCAUGCUCCUGAAAAGUAUGACUGGGCUAAUGCUCGAGUCCUAGUUCAGUUUCUACAGCAUGAGUUCUUCGAUUACUCUUUUCAUACAUGUAAUGUUGUAGUACAUAUUGUCAACAUCCUACUGAAACAUCCAGAAGCCACUGUUGAGUUUUCUGGUUCUACGUAUGUCACUUCGCAUACAUUUUUGGGGGAAAUUUGUGAUGUACGUGGAGAGUUAAAAGAAUGGCAAAAUGCUCAUCAUGAUCCUCACUUAAGCCAUAUGGGUGAGAAGAUGUUACUUAAAUACAACAAGUAUUGGGGUGAGCAUAAGAACAUGAAUCCUUUAUUGUUUAUUGCUGUGCUUCUUGACCCAAGAGAAAAAGAACGUGGACUGCAAGUAAUACUAGAAGACCUGAUUGUGCAUGAUAUUCCUUGGAUGAAACAAAGAUUGGUAAACAAUUGGUUAGAUGAAGUGAAAAAGGAUUUUAAUGAAUUAUUCACAGCUUAUAAGGCAGAAUAUAUAGGUGUAGGAAGUGUGUUAGCCUCGUCGGAGUCCGUAGGUGAUACUGGUGGUAGUCCUAGUCACCAGAGUUGUAGUUCUAGUUCUACGUCACAUAGAAAGAGAAGACAUAAGGCCCAUAGAGAAGAACCAAGAGAUAUACUUGCUAUUCCCGUCUCUUCAGUUGCAAGUGAAUCUGCUUUCAGUACUGGAAAGCGAAUACUUGGUCAUUUACGAAGUUCUUUAAAACCCCGAACUUUGGAAGCAUUGAUUCUCCUACAAAACUGGUUAAGGACACCGAUUGAUAUGGAUCCAUCUACAUUUGGAGCUGAAGAGAAGGAGGAUGACGUCUUAGAUUCAGGGAAGCUAAUACACGAUGCGGAUGCUCUCGACAGCCAUUCAGCGGAUGCGUCUUCCACAAAUGACCAGCCUCGCAUGUGGAAUUUGGUUUGCCCUACUUUCUUGUCUGAUGUCAUUGUAAAUGACCGAAUUUAG